AUGUUGAACGCACGCACGCACUUGUUUGGCCUGGCGCUGCUGUCGCUGCUCAGUCUGGGCGUCUGGGCUGCGCCUCUGGAUCUGGAGGAUCCGGAGCUCACAGCUGGUUACUUCCAAGGCGACAUGGACAUUGAAUUCACACGCAAUGGUGAAAUCGCCAGCACGCGUCAUUGGCCCAAUGCUACAGUGCCCUACAAAAUAGAUGAAGAGUUCACUGAGCCAUAUGUGGCAUACAUUGAGCUGGGCAUGCGGCUCAUCGAACGCGUCUCUUGCGUGCGCUUUGUGCCCGCCACAGCGCAGACCUUGGACUAUGUCUUCGUCACUGUCUCCAGCUCUGGCUGCAGCUCCAAGGUGGGCUAUCGCGGUGGCGAGCAAACGGUGAAGCUAAAGCCAGCAGCUUUGGAUACGGGCUGCUUCAAGCUGGGCACCAUUCAGCACGAGCUGCUGCACACUCUGGGCUUUCAUCAUCAGCAGUGCGCCGCCGAUCGCGAUGAGUUUGUGCACAUUCUGGAGGAGAAUAUACAAGAGGGCAAGGAGGGCAAUUUUCUAAAAUACGAAGUAGAUCGUGUCAGCGACUUCGAUGUGGCCUAUGACUACGGCAGCAUAUUGCACUACAGCUCCAAGGCCUUCUCGGUCAACGGCCAGCCAACGAUUGUUGCCCUGAAGCCCGAGGGGCAGCUGCAGAUGGGACAGCGUCUAGCCCUAAGCGAAGCGGACAUCAAGCGGCUAAACACCAUGUACAAGUGUCCGCUGCCUUUGUAAAUAA